AUUUUAAAUAUCCAAAAUGAGCACAAGAGAGGAACUCAUCUACAUGACAAAGUUGACAGAAUAAACCGAGAGAUUUGAAGAUAUGGUCAAUUACAUCAAAUAAGUUGUUGAGAAUGGAUAAGAAUUGUCAGUCGAAGAAAGAAACCUUCUCUCUGUUGCUUAUAAAAACAGCAUUGGUGGAAGAAGAACAGCUUGGAGAGUUUUAUCAAGUAUUGAAAACAAAGAAGAAGGAAAGGUAUAUAAAUUAAUUAUAUUCAUAGGCUCAAUCUUAACCAGCUUCCUAAAAGAAUCUUGUUUUGAUCAGAAGCUACAAGAAGAAGAUCGAAGAGGAGCUUAAUCAAUAUUGCAAUGAUAUCCUUAAUUUGAUCGAUAGCCAUUUAAUCAAAACAGCCUCCACCCCAGAAGCCAAGGUGUUCUUCCACAAGAUGAAAGGAGAUUAUCACAGAUACAUUUCUGAAUACGCCACCGGUGAUCAACACAAGAAAGCCGCUGAUGGUGCACUUGCUGCUUAUUAAGCUGCUUCUUAAGUUGCUAACUCCGAAUUAAAGACAACAAACCCAAUCAGAUUAGGACUUGCUUUGAACUUCUCCGUUUUCUAUUAUGAAGUUUUGAAUGAUGCCGCCAAGGCUUGCUAAUUAGCUAAAUCAGUAAUAGUUUUAAUUAAUCCUCUCUAGGCUUUCGAUGAUGCUAUCGCCGACAUUGAAUAAAUCUAAGAAGACCAAUACAAGGAUGCCACAACCAUCAUGUAACUCAUCAGAGAUAAUUUAACAUUAUGGACCUCAGAACUUGAAGAUGAAGGUGGAAACGUUGAAAACCUCUGAGUAGGAUAUCAGUCAUGAUAUAUUAUAUAUAUAUAUAAAAUUAUAUGUAAGAAGAGACAGCCCAUCC